GAUGGCAUCGACACUACCUGUUAAAUUGCAAGUGACAGCCGCAAACAUCAUGUCGCUAUCAGAGUAUGAAAGUCGUUUGAGAGGGAAGUUUCCGACAACAAGAUAUACAUAUACAUAUGUGCGGAAAUGAACGGAUAUCGAGCUCUUUGCUUUGGUGAUAGUGGUUCUCCCUUGAUUUACAACAACGUACAAAUUGGCAUUGCUGCUUAUAUGCAACUGCGAUGUACACCCGGUUCGAUUGACGUCUACACUAUGGUGUCGCCGUUCGUACCUUGGAUACAGUCGAUAUCGGGACCGAUUACGACCAUUGAGAUUAACGGAUCAAACCCCAUAAAUCAUGUAAACAUAUGGAUUUUGUUAUCACUCACAAUGUUGACGCUUUUGUCAUAUUCGUAUUCGCUAUCGUAUUAAUUUUGCGGAAAAUGAAAUAAAAUUUUCAGCUA